AUGUGCCAGGGAAAGUACUUUGGAGUUCUUAUCCUUGUGUCUUUCGUCACACUUGGCCAAUCUGCCUUUAAUCAUGGUGAUUUAAUUUGGACUUUUGUUGUGAAGCAUAAGCAAAUGAGUGCGGUAAAUUUAAUCCUGUGCAAGGACAAUCAUCUCGUUGAAAUGUCCAAAAAAUUGAUCAAUUCUGGAGUACAAGUGAAAUCAAUGAAAAUGCAGCAGGUCGAUGUUCAUCGUGAUUUGCAGGACAUUUUCUCUUGUUCCCUUUUUCGAAAAAUCAUUGUCUUUGACUUGGAUUGUCCUCCCUACAGUGAGGAUGUUCUGCAUGGUCUUUCAAAUCAAACUCUUUUUUCUCAAUGCAAUCAUUGGCUUUUUCUGGAAAACAAGCGAUUGGUAUCUCUAGAUGUUUUCGAACAACUUCCAAUAAGUGUUAAUGCAGAAAUAACAUUGGCAAGUCGAGAACAACAAAUAAUACAAGGAAAUGCUUCAGAAAUAUCCCUAGACACAGGAGCUUAUUGGCUCUACGAUAUGUGGAGUCCUGGAAUUCCCCUUGGGGGUCGUCUGAAUGUGACGUUUAUUGGAAAGUACGAGCCGCAAGUCGAUGGUGAAAAUUUUCAACUGCGUUCGCAUGAAACAAGUGUUAUUCGUCGACAUAAUUUGAAAGGAUUACCCCUUCGAUGCAUGAUUGUCAUUCCAAGUAAGAUUGACGAACCGUUUGAAGAGUAUUUGAGCAGUCCUCAUCAACCGGAAAAGGAUUCACUGCAUCGCUACAACUAUAUUGCUCACACUUAUGUACGGGAUAUGUUUAACUUUACCUUGUUAAUGCGACAUUCACUGUCUUGGGGAUAUCCCAGGAAUGGUACAUUCAAUGGAAUGAUUGGGUACCUGAUACGGGGUAAAGCAGAAAUUGGUGGAUCACCUGGUUUCUUUCGCAUAGAACGACAUGAAGUGAUAGAUUAUACAGUUGGAACGUGGAUUGAAAGACCUUGCUUCAUGUUUCGCCAUCCGGAUACCACGGGGCUGAUGCGUAACGUGUUCUUGAUACCAUUCAGUAAUUAUGUGUGGAUAUGUAUAUUUUUCGUGGGACUAUUUUGGAUACUUCUUGCAGGAGAAGUAAUUUCUGUAGAGCAGCUGAUUUCAUCAAAUACAGAUGGUGUUAAUGGAGAGGCUCAACGUGGGAAUACAGUGAGAAAGAGUGAAAGUGGUUGUAUUGCAUCAAAUUUCAUUUUUCGCAAUGUCAUUAAAAGUUUGGUGAAAUACUUUUCCGGAAAUAAAUCAAAACUUUGCUGGAGCACGAGUGACGACACGAAGAGAAAGCCAAACAGUCAUGACAAAUUCAAAAAGGAUAGAGCCGAUGGCUUGGAAAGGCAUGAAAAAGAAAGUGGGGGCCAGGCUAAAAGGGGUGGUGACCCGCUGUUUCGUGCCCCAAACCCUAAUCGCCUACAGGCCUCUCAUCGUGCCACUGUGCAGAGAUUUUAUCAGCAGAAGGGGGAAAAAGCCCCCUACGCUAAAAUGGGCGAGAAGUCAGUGAUGAUUGCCAACACGAAGAGUAACAUUGUUGGGGAGGCCAAUGGAAUUGAGGAUGCAGAAUCACCCACAAAUAUUUUUACUGGUCGCCUUGUAAUGCAAAUUCUAGUGAUAUUUGCUUUUUGCAUCUUUCAAUUCUACUCAGCCAGUAUUGUGGGCUCUCUGCUCAUGGAGAAACCAAAAACGAUAAAAACACUGAGAAAUCUCAUUGAUAGUGGCCUGGAACUUGGAAUUGAGGACAAUCCAUACCAACGGGAUUUUUUUGUGAGAACAACAGAUCCUGAUGCUUUGGAGUUAUUCAGAACUCGCAUAGAGUAUGUUACGAAGACUAACCAAAAGAUGGAUCAGUGGUACCUUAUUCCAGAAGGAAUGGCAAAGGUGAAGAAAGGUGGUUUCGCAUUUCAUGCUAGUGUUGCAGGAUCCUAUAAAAUAAUGACUGAUACAUUUACUGAGAAAGAAAUUUGUGACCUUGUGGAGAUUGAAAUGUUUCCACCUGGAAUCAUGAUGAGUAUGGUCCAGAAGAAUUCACCAUAUCGCAAGAUGGUAACAUAUGGAUUGAGAAAAGCCACUGAAGUGGGACUUCUUCAUCGACAAAAACUCUUUUGGCAUGCUCGUAAACCCAAAUGUACUCAUCAAAUUCAAUCGGCAGACCUUAUAGUUGGAAUUGAAACACUCACAUCAGCAUUCGCACUUCUAAUGUUUGGAUUUGGACUCAGCAUUAGCAUUUUCUGCUUUGAAAUUAUUCACAAGUGCAUAAUCAAUCGUCUGAAACGGACAUAAAUUCUUCAAGCAAACAUCCCAAAUUGUUGAUAGAAAAUGCAGCAAAAGAAUUUGGCACUGGAAUGAUAAAGAGACUAAUGAACAAAUCUUUCGUUUAUUUUAUCAUGUCAUAAUGUUUCUCAUGUAUAACAUAAAAGUUAAAAAUUAACAGAAAAUAAUUUUGUACACCACGAAAUUGCAAUAUUUUUACUUUCUAUAUAAAUUUCGUUUUUUUUCUUCUCAAUUCAUUCAAUUUCAGAUUAAAAUUUAAUUCCUUACAUACUUACAAUAUGUCUUUUUGUUGCCUUAUGAUACAAGAUUUGAUAGCACGAUAUUUAUUUUACUAUAAAUCUAAGUUUUUAGCUAUUUUGGAACUCAUUUAAAACUCGUAAUAAUUCCUUUUCUCUCUAGUUUGAAGUAUGAUUCGUCUGAGACUUCAGAAAAACCCAUAUUUACAAUUUAAUAAAUUGAAAAAAAUUAUUAUAAGCUAGGUUGUGUCUUUAACUACAAAUUGUAUUAUAGUCUAAAUUCAAUCCCUCAUGGUAAAACCCUUUUUUUCCUAAUUAAUUUCGUAGAUUUCUGAAAUUUAAACUCUCCUGCUUGAAUUAAUAUUGCAAUUAUUUCACAAUCUGUUGAAUCUAAUGAUUGAUUUUACUAACUAAAUGGAAUUAAUUCUGUUGAAUGAAAUGUCAAUUCUUCAAUUUAAUUAAAAAUUCACAUUUCACUUCAUUAGAUAAAGUUUGGGAAUGGUAAUGAAGUCAACUUUCAGAAGAGAUGUGAAAUAGAGAAGUUGAGGAUAUGCUUUUAGAGGUAGAAAUCAAUAUGUUUAUAUUCGUAUCGUAAUUUUGAGGCAUUUAACUUUCUGUACAGACUUAUAAGAAUAUCCUUGAAGCACAAAGUCUCACAGAGAAAGUCUAAUAGAUAAGUUUUAAUUUGACUUUCUUCUGCUUGAUUCAACGCAAACACUUGUUGAAGAUUAAAAAAAAAUCUUUAACAUUUAUUCAGAAGCUGUGAUAUAAUAUUUUUAGUAAUGGGAACCGGCGAAUGUCGGGGAAGGAAAGGUCAGCUUAGAAAUUUCUGAUUCUUCCCAAAGUUUUUGGAUCAGAUUCUACUUCUAAGUCCUUCCUCAGUCAAAUCUUAUCUAUUUCAUAAUAUUGUUCGUAAAUGUUUGUGAAUUCCUACUGGAGACUUACGAAAUGCUUGUAAAUCGUAUAACCCACAAAAGAGUUCGUAAAAGUUUGUACUUUUUCCACAAACAUUGUUCGUAACUUGAGCACUUUACGAACAUUUUUUUCUUUUACAAAUAUUUUUUCGUAUAGUUUUGUUUGUCUGACAUAACUUUACGAACAAAUGACAAAAUCUACGAACAUUUUUUUGUACGUUUACUAAAAUUUGCGAGCAUAGGGGAAACUGGGGUACCACCAAAUACGGGGUAGUACCAAACACUGCGAUUUCUUAAUCAGAUAUUUGACUUCAAAGGACAAGAUUUAUAGAUAUUUAUAGGCGUUAUAGGGAUGUUUGUUCACUAAAGAAAUGGUCGAACUAGUCCAAGUAGUUCAGAAAUAAAAAAUAGUGUUUGGUGCUACCCUGUGUUUGGUGGUAUUCCAAUUUCCCCUAUGUCCAUAAAAAAAAAACAAAAAAUGUUCGUCAAGUGUUCAUAUUAUAAACAAUGUUUGUGGUAAAGCACAAACUCUUACGAACAUUUUUAUGGUUUAUACGAUUUACAAGCAGUUAGUAAGUUCCCAGUAGUGAUUCACAAAUAUUUACGAACAAUUUGACAAAAUAUUUCUUUCUGCGUAGGAUUCAGAGCACUGCAGUUCAUUUUUGUAUAUUUUAAAUAAAUAUUUUCUAGUUAAAAAAAACUCAAUGGCCUCUUAGGGAUUUCUUUGUGAGAUUGGUGGUUCCCAUUACUAGUAUAUAACGAGUAGAAAAAUAUUUUAAAAAUAAUAUUUUUUGGUUAUUACAAAUUCUAGAUGUUUUUUUUUAGUGAUUCUUUUUUAUUCAUUGCUCUUCAAUUCAUUGAGCUGCGCAAGUGCAAAUUAGACAAUAAAGUUGUUUGUGUAUCCAUUUUAUUUGUUAGAAAUUUAUAUAUUAUGUAGGCAGAUGGGUAGUACUCAACUUGGUUGUUUUUGAUUAAAUUUGAAUAUUCUCAAAGUCUAUUGCACAAUUGAACAAAAACAUGAAUACUUUAUGCAUUUUGAAUGAAAAUAACAAAACGUUUGAUAUUUUAAACAUAUAAUCAAUGAGAUAAUAGAAAAAAUCCCUCUGUUAAAUAAAUUGUAUAGAAGAACUUGUUAAAAUUCCAUGAAAAUGUUUAAAAAUAAAGAUUUAUUUAGAAAUAAA